AUGUACCUCUCACUCCCCGGAUAUAAGUACUCACGGUAGCGCCCGGCGCCUCCCAUGCGUCUAGGUGGUGGGUGAUGCGACGUCCCAGUGAGCAAGGCAGUCAUGGGGAAAGCUUUCAACAUUUGCCUUGCGGCAUUCGCCGCUACCGGGUCAUUUUUAUUCGGCUACGACUCGGGCGUAAUGACCGAUGUCAUUGCCUCACCCGACUUUCUUGACUUUUUCGACACCGACACUGGGAGCCCCAUCAUCGGAGCCAUCAACAGCACAUUCUCAGGGGGGGCGGUCUUCGGCUCGCUGAUGGGCGGCCUGACGAUGGAUAGAUUCGGCCGCAGAAAGACAAUCAUGAUUGGGGCAAUAAUUGCCCUUGUCGGCGCUGUCCUUCAGUCCGCUGCCCAAAAUCUUGCCAUGAUCCUCGUCGGCCGUAUCGUAGCUGGCUGGGCGGUCGGUCUUCUGAGCAUGUCAGUCCCGGUCUAUCAGUCAGAAUGUGCCCACCCAAAAAUCAGGGGCUUGAUAGUCGGGAUUUCCCAGCAGAUGAUCGGGGUUGGUUUCAUUGUCUCUACUUGGGUGGGCUAUGGGUCUUCGUAUGCCCAAGGAAGCCUGGCACAAUUUCAGUGGAGGUUCCCGCUUGCAUUUCAGGCCGCCCCUGCCCUCCUUCUUGUCUGCGGCAUCAUGUUCUUUCCGGAGUCUCCCCGCCAUCUAAUGGAGGUAGACUGCGAGGAAGAGGCCAAGCGAGUUCUCUGGAAGUUACACUUUGACGGCAGCAACGAAGAGUGGAUUCAGCAAGAAUUCCACGAGAUCAAAACAACCAUUGCUGCUGAGAAGGCAAUCACCGCGCCGGGAUGGAGGAUCAUGUUCACUGUCCCGCAGUGGCGAACACGCCUCAUGCAUGGUGUUGCCGUCCAGGUGUUUGCCCAGUUCUCCGGUAUCAACGUCAUUGGGUACUAUCAGACCCAAAUGUACGGGGCUCUCGGGAUCACCGGGAGCCGGGCUCUGCUGGUGGCAGGCAUAUACAACUGUGUGGGCCCACUCGCCAACCUAGUCUUCAUCGUCUUCAUGAUUGACCGUGUCGGGCGCCGCCGUCCCCUUAUAUGGGGUACCGUUGCUAUAGCCAUCGCCCUGAUCUGUGAGUCGGCCAUCACCAGCCGCAUUGACCCGAGCAACCCAGACCACGGGCUCUCCAUCGCUGGAGUCUUCUUCCUAUUCUGCGUCACUGUCAUCUUUUCCUGGUCCUGGGGCCCAAUUUCAUGGGUCUACAUGUCGGAAGUUAUGCCGCUGUCGAUCAGGGCCCGCGGUAAUGCUUUCGCCACUGGUAUCGGCAACUGGCUUGUAUCGACUUUCUGGUCUCAAUUAUCCCCUAUGGCGCUGAAGGAACUGGGAUGGAGAUUUUAUUUCCUUUUCGUGGCCUGGGACAUUGUGAUCACCAUCCCAAUCGUUUUCUUCUUCUUUAAGGAGACCAAACAAUUGUCCCUGGAGGAAAUUGAUCUGUUGUUUGGUGAGAGAUCACUAGGCGCCCUACCGAGGGAGCUGGACAAAGGGGACCGACCAGCUUACUCGGCUGCGGAAUGAGGAAGAUAAAGCGGUCUGAGGGACUGGGAGUCAUUCCACGACGAGAGGUACCGAGGUUGUAUGCAUUGUCAUUGCUUUUAGAUCAAUAUAUUCAAAACACGUUUCUACUAUCGCCUUCAUUAGCCAUUGAUUAGCUUAAAUUAUAAAAUCAUAAACACUA